AUGGGAGCUUCUUAUAGCUCUAGAAGAGUGAAGAGAGAUGGCUCCGUGGCCAAAAGUAGUCUCUCACAGAAGCAAACAAACGGCCUAUCUAUAUUAGGAACAUUGGUUGCUCCAUUGUUACCUUCCUUUCUUACCAACAAUCCAACUCCCAAUGGGUUCCCAUGGAGCACGCUCGACUGCAACACCAACUACUAUGACACGAGCCCCAACACGGGCGUCAUAAGGCGUUAUGAUUUCACCAUUAGCCGCGGUGUUAUUGCCCCUGAUGGAUACCAGAGAAAUGUCCUCCUCGUCAAUGGUGCUUAUCCCGGCCCCUUGAUCGAGGCCAACUGGGGAGACAUGAUUCAAGUCACCAUGCAUAACAACAUCUCCGCGCCGGAAGAGGGCACAGCACUGCAUUGGCACGGAUUUCUUCAGCAGGGAACACCCUGGGAAGACGGCGUGCCUUCUGUGACGCAGUGUCCUGUGCCGCCUGGGAGCAGCUUCACGUAUCAGUUCAAGGCCACUUUAUACGGCACCACUUGGUACCACUCGCACUUUUCUUCGCAAUAUGCGGGUGGCCUCACGGGUCCGAUAGUCGUUCAUGGGCCAAAGUCACAGAAAUACGAUGUUGAUGUUGGUCCUGUCAUGUUGUCUGACUGGUAUCAUGACGACUACUAUGACUUGGUGAAGAAAACAAUGAGCACCGUGCCUGGAGAGAACAUCUUCUUUUCAGAUAACAACCUGAUCAACGGUAAGAUGUUCUUUGACUGCUCCAAGGUCACAGAUGGCACUCCAUGUACCAAUGACGCUGGCAUUGCGAAAUUCCGAUUCCAGCGCGGCAAGACUCAUCUUCUCCGUCUCAUCAACACCGGAGCCGAAGGCCUCCAGCGCUUCUCCAUUGACGGCCACAAGAUGACAGUCAUUGCAAACGACUUUGUCGACGUCAAGCCCUACGUGACCGACGUGGUCACGCUGGGGAUUGGCCAACGCACCAAUGUCCUCGUCAAGGCGAAUGGCACUCUUGACGCUUACUGGAUGCGUAGCAACAUUAGCACCAUAUGCUCGCUCACCAGUCAGCCAAAUGCUCUCGCGGCCAUUUACUACGAUAACGCGGAUACUAACAAGGCUCCUCAGUCUACUCCCUGGAAUGCUCCUGAUCCGGGAACGUGUAGCAAUGACGACUUGUCGCUGACGGAGCCUUUCAUGAAACUGCCUGUCCCCAAGCCAGAUGUGACGAAUGAGAUUGAGUUGAAUGUGUUUGUUAAUGCGACAAACCAUACUCUAUGGACGCUAGAUGGCGAUUCUUUUAGGGGCAAUUUCAACAGCCCGACAUUGCUGCUGAGCAACCUGGGCAAUUUGACCUUCCAGUCGCAGUGGAGCGUGAGAAACGUCGGCAACGCAAAGAGUGUCAGGAUAAACAUCAUGAACCAAUCUCCCGUUGCCCAUCCCAUGCACCUCCACGGCUUCAACAUGUACAUCCUCCACCAGGGCGCCGGCGAAUGGGACGGCAAGACAAUCGUCCGGUCAUCAAACCCCCAGCGCCGAGACGUCUUCUUGCUGCCCCCAAGUAGCCACGUGGUGAUGCAGUUUGAUGCUGCGAGCAAUCCAGGCGUGUGGCCGUUCCACUGUCACAUUGCGUGGCAUACCUCGGCGGGAUUGUUUACGCAGUUUCUUACGAUUCCAGAUAAGGUGCGAGCAUUGUCGAUUCCGAAUGUGGUGGCGGAGACUUGUAGGCAGUGGGGGAGGUGGACGAAUACGAAUAUUCCGGAUCAGAUUGAUAGUGGUUUGUGA